AUGGCUGGCGAGCCUGGCUGCUUCGAGGAUGCGGUUUCCAGCGCAAGUGGCGCGGCGUACAGCGUGCCGUGGGCUCUCGGUCCCUGCUCUCAGCCGUCCAUGCUGCCUGCUGGCUGGACGGCAUACUUCUUCCCGCUCUCACUGCUUCCCUCCAUCUAUGGCUUCCUGGUGAUCCAGCUGGUGGCGACGGCUGCAGUGCAAGCAGCAUGUGAGCUGCUGGGAUUCAACCUCGGAUACUCCAAAUUCGCCUCCACUGCGAAGUGGAAGUCAAUUCAGAUACCCUCUCGUGUGGGCCUUCUCCUCUUCUACCUCCCAGCAGCACUCAUCGCUGCUCUCUUCCUUUCAGCCGCCCUGGGACUCUCGCCUGCCCUCCACCUCCUCCGCGCCACACACAUGCUCCCUCACUCUCCCUCUCCGCUCCCACCAACCGUUGCCUCUUGGAUGCCUGCUCCUGCUGGGACUGGGAAGCCCGGGUGGGAGGGACAGAUGGGUGUGUGGGAGCAGCUAGUAGCAGCGAUUGCAAGUGAACAGUGGCGCCUGGUGCUGGUCUGUGCGGCCUGCCUGGUGCACUAUUCCAAGCGAUGCCUGGAAACUCUCUUCCUGCAUCGUUUCUCUGGCACCACUUGCCUGGUUACAACAGUGUUCAUCAUGCUUGGAUACUGCACCCUUGCCUACGUCCUCCUUUCGUCCCAAUGGCUCACCGCUGCUGCUGCUACUCUCCCCUCCCGUGCCACCACUGCUGCUGCAACUGCUGCUGCUGCCGCCACCGUCACCGCUGCUGCUUCUACCGCUGCUGCUGGUGCCAGUGCGGCUGCUCCCUGCAGUGUUGCGCCUACUGUGAAUCUCAUGCCCCUUGGCCUGCUACUCUUCCUCAUUGGCAUUGCUGGGAACUUUUACCAUCACUGGUUGCUCACUCGGCUGCGCUCUGAUGGCAGUCACGAAUACCGCGUCCCUCAUGGUGGCUUAUUUGAAUGGGUGACCUGCCCGCACUACCUCUUUGAAUGCAUCGACUUCCUGGGGGUUGCCUUGAUGUCUCAGGUGAGUCACUUGCUCUCUGCCAUGUAA